AUGGGAUUGCUGGUGACUGCCGCCAGACGGGCUCGUGGUGUAGCGCGCCUGGCCAUCUCGAAGGAUGCCUCCAGCAGGUACAUGUCCGGUCUUCCGCCGCCAUACACCCCGGGCGACACCCGAAAAGGUAUCAGUGUUGUCGGGGCUGGCAGGAUGGGGAUGAUCAGGGCGGAGGGCAUCAUCGCCAACCCAGGCACGCGACUAGUGUCUGUUGUGGAUCCCGACAGGGAGAAGGCGACGGCGCUGGCGGAGAGUUCGAACGUCCCCGCCUUCUGGUCACUGGAGGACGCGCUAACCGACCCAUCAUGCGACGCCGUUUGGAUUGCUGGGCCAACGCCGUUCCAUUUGGACUGCAUCCGACUGGCAGCAAACGCUGGAAAGGCAGUGGCUGUCGAGAAACCCGUGGCGGGUUCGGUGGAGGAAAUCGUACAAGCCCACGCAAUCUGUCGCGACAAUGACGUCCCGCUCUACUGCUCCUUUCAGAGGCGAACAGAUCGGACGUACGAACAACUUGCAGCCGCCGUUCGAAAGGGCGCUGUCGGCGCCGUCCGGUCCGUCCACGCCAUCUUCAGGGACCACCCGGUGCCGUCCAUAGAGUUUUUGAAGCAGGGAGGCGAUAUCUUCCACGACCUCGCGCCCCACGAUUGCGACUUCGUCUGCUUCAGCCUUGGACUGGGAGAGCCGAACGAGGUUUACGCCACCGCCCGGUCCUUUCUGCCGCAGCUGGAGGAGGCCGGCGUGAAGGACUCCGCGCACUGCCUCUUCACGUUCCCCUCGGGCGCCGUGUUCACCCUGGAGAUGACCCGGUGCAGCGCGUACGGCUACGACAACCGAAUCGAGGUCAUGGGCGAGAAAGGCAUGCUGAGCUUAGGGAAUCCGCCUAGCUCCGGUCUGGAGUUCUUCGACAGCACGGGGUGCUCGACGUCUCCCCCCGAGCAUUCCUUCCCGCAGCGAUUCCGUGAGGCUUACGCGAUGGAAGUGGGAGCGUUUGAGGAGGUUCUGAGGGGCAACUCCGAGCCGCUGGUGACCUGCCACGACUCGUGCCGGACGACGCACAUGGCCGAGCGGGCGUCGGUGUCAGCCAGCAGCGACCGGCCGGUCGCGAUAUCGUUCGACGGGAUCAUGAGCGGGUAUGCAAGCUGAACCUUCCGGUACACCGACCAAAUGGAAUUCAACCUCGGGUGUUUGAGUGAGAUUCAUAGGCUCGGGGUAUUUGCCCAAUUGCCCUCACUCGGGUGUUUUUAGGUUCGGAGGCUUGGGGGUAAUUGACCCCACCUACGGGCUCGCAAUCGAAGUUGUCGGCGUGGAAGGGUUGAAACGUUGAAACCGUUUUUUGCGUAUUGAACCCAUCGACCUUGGAAUAACUCCAUGGGUUGGUUCGGAUAUAUUCUGAAUCGAGCGUCAUCGGUGAGGGAGGCGGGCAGCGUCGUGAGGGUUACAACGGAGGGUUGUUGUAGGAGAGCCCUCGAAGGAAGCCAACUGAUACAGUCAGUCAGGUAUGAUCCGGGCUCUCCUUGGCACGUUUGGGUGUUGCGCGGACGGUCUGUCACGCUCGCUCUCGAUCUAGUUCUUGUGCCUUUCUUUGCUGUCUUGGUUCUUUCGACUCUAUUUUCCAGCGGUACACGUUGUUCAAUCAAACGAUGAUAUCAAGACGACGUGUCCAAGGUUUGCGAAGGUGAUCGGUACGGCGGUGUCGAAUAUACGCUAGGGAAUUCCUGUAGAACUUGUGGCCAUACUAUAGAACGUUUUUUGCCCAGAUUCUUAAAUCUCGUUGCUAUUCCGAAACAGAGCACAUCCGUCAAGGACAGGAUGGGCGAUGAAUCGUGUCCUGUUGUAUGCUUCUGGUGGUGUGGUACAGGGGGGGGUACCAGUCACGUCAGUCGUGUCUGAUACAUGUAGAAUAUAAACGAAAUUUUCGUGUAUUUACCCUUAUGCCAAUGGACAUCCGUUUCGUCUCUUUGCUUCUGUAAGUUCAUCACUUAAUAUCUUUACCUACUGUUUCACCAUAAUGUAUCCCAUGGAGAGACUGCUGUUGUACGGAGUACGUACUUUAAGAGAUGGCGUGGAAUUCACGGGAGUCUGGUCGCUGAAAGGGGCACCAAAUACGACGCAAUGUUGUGUCGAGAGUUGGCGACACAGCAGCAGCGCGCGAGAAAGGUGUUCGUUUGUUUUUUCUCAUCUCAUUAAUUAAUAUUCAUUCUGGGCGUCGGUCUUUGCACCUUUCUUCGGUAUGUACAACUCUGGACGCACCAGCUGGGGGUCGUAUAGGAGGGAAGAAGGCCACAGCACCCACUUGUUGCUUACCUCAGCCGACGUCAUUUUGAUAUUGGGUUUAGGGUCGGUAUUCCGCAGGUACAGUAUUAGAUGAGCACUUAUUUUUUUAAAGAAACAUGCAGCAGAGGCAGCAGCAGCGGUUGCCAAGGCCCAGUAUCCUUCUCAGGGUUUUUCGAUCAAGUACGAU